UCCCUCGCCUUUCUGUGCCACCACGGGUCACCCGUGCGCUCGCGACCUUGCAUUCCCCACCGUCGGUCAUGAUCCUCCAGGAACCGAAAGCACAGAACAAAACGAACGGCUCCUUCCCAUUUCCCCGACGCCGCCGCCAUGGACGACGGCACGCAGGAGAGGGACACGGCGUGGUGGGGCCGCAGAGCGUGGUCGCUCCUCUCGGCCGUCCGCGCGCGUGCGCCGCUGGUGCAGUGCAUCACCAACCUGGUCUCCAUGGACAUCGCCGCCAACUCCCUUCUCGCUGCAGGGGCCUCCCCGGCCAUGGUCCACUCCCUCCGCGAGGUGCCCGACUUCACCCCGCGCUGCGAUUCCGUGUACGUCAACGUCGGCACGCUCUCCGAGGACUGGCUCCCCUCCAUGCGCGCCGCCGCCUCCGCCGGCCGCCCCUGGGUGCUCGACCCCGUCGCCGCCGCCGCCUCCGGGUUCCGGAUGGAAGCAUGCCUCUCGCUGCUCGCUCUCCGACCCGCCGUCGUCAGGGGGAACGCGUCCGAGAUCCUCGCGCUCGCCGCCCGCUCAGCCGCCACCUCGUUCAACUUCAAGGGCGCGGACAGUUCACAUGACUCUUUGGACGCCCUUGAAGCCGCAAAAGCAUUGGCACUAUCCAGCGGUGCCGUCGUUGCGGUAUCCGGAGCUGUUGAUUUCAUCACCGAUGGGGAGCAGGUUGUCGGUGCGAGCAACGGUGUGCCCAUGAUGCAGAAGAUCACAGCGACAGGGUGCGCUGUGACCGCCCUUAUCGCGGCCUUUGUGGCCGUCGAACCUUCAGAUGCUCUUGUCGUGGCAGCGUGCGCUCUUGCCAUAUUCGGCCUGGCUGGAGAGAUCGGGAUGGAGUCAGCCAAGGGCCCUGCAUCUCUCAGGAUGCACCUCAUUGACGCACUCUACUGCCUCGAUGAGAAAACGGUCACCUCUCGAGUCAAAAUCUCCCUGCGACCAUGAUGCACGCACGCGUGCCAUGGUUAUCGAUGUUCAGGUCAAUACAGAGUUUGGAAUAAUGCACAGAUAUAACUUUCAGUCUUUAAAACCAUGAAGCACAUCAAUCAAUAGGUCGUUACUCAUCCAUGUUGUAUCAUAUAAACAUUCCGGUGACCAUUCGGACUGUACGAAUUGUGAUGCUGAAAUUCUGUGUUUGAUCUUCACAGUUAUAAUACGCUGCACAUUAAUUUAA